AUGGCAGAUAAGAUGCGAUCGAAUCGGUCCGCCGAACGGGAGUGGCCGGAGCGUCUGCGCCCCGAGCAGCCGGUGCAGAUGACUGAUCCCAACUUCCACACCGACACUGGCGGUUGGGCUGAGGUCCAUAGAGAUGAGUGGGCCCAAAAUCUUGUAGGUAUGCUCGGGAAAAAGGUCAACAGAUGGGCCCAAAAUGUGCGACCGGGUGGGUUUGCAAUGCCCGAGGAUAGGCCCAGCGGAUUGCAUGUAAUCUUGACCAUCACGACAGAUGGGCCCACCGUGGAUGUGAUCUCGGAAAAUGUAAAUCGGCCCGGUGCAUAUGCAGAUGGUCUCGGAAACAGUGACGGAUGGGCCCAGUCCUCUGUGUUUGGACCCGGAAAAGGCAACGGACGGGCCCAGUCCCCCAUAGGCAGAUGUCGGCGGAUGGGCCCAGAACUUAACCUCAUCUCAGACAACGGUGGGCAGGCUAUCGUACACGGUCGUUAUACCCAGUUGCGCUGGAUGGGCCCAGAUGUGGACCUAACAGUCCAAAAUGUCCCCAACAAUGAUGGGAGGUGUGGCAGAGUUUGCACACCCACAGCCGUUGGGUCCGGUGCUGAUGAUACAAGCUCUGGUUCCGUCGCCCUCGCAGCAAUCGGAUUGUCGAGGGAUUUGCCGGAUGGAAGAUCUGGCGGCAUAACGGGGUCCGUUGCAAUUCACGAGAUGUACGGAUGGGAGAUCGUUGUAUGGGACAAUGUCUGA